AUGAAGGCGUCGCCGGCGUCGCAGGGCAGCCGAGCGGGCCCGCCUCCGCGUCCAGCGGGCGAGCGGCGGCCGGGCGGCGGCGGCGGCGGUGGGGGCGGCCGUCGGGCGCGGGCGCUGCUGGCGGUGGCGUUGAACCUGCUGGCGCUGCUGUUCUCGGCCACGGCCUUCGGCACCACGCACUGGUGCGAGGGCACCCAGCGCGUGCCCAAGCCCACCUGCGGGCCCCACAAGCGCACCAACUGCCUCGACUACGGCUACGACGCCGCGGCGGCGCCGGGCAAUGGGUCGGCCGGCAACGGCUCCGCCGCCGCCGCCAACGUGGUGCACUACAGCUGGGAGACGGGCGACGACCGCUUCCUCUUCAGGUACUUCCACGCCGGCAUCUGGUACUCGUGCGAGGAGAACAUCAACACGCCCGGUGAGAAAUGCCGAAGUUUUAUUGACCUUGCUCCAGCUUCUGAGAAAGGGGUCUUGUGGCUCUCGGUGGUAUCGGAAGCCCUCUACAUCAUCCUCUUGGUCGUCGGCUUCAGCCUCAUGUGCCUUGAGCUGCUCCACUCCGAUAACGUGAUCGACGGUCUGAAGCUCAAUGCUUUUGCGGCCGUCUUCACAGUGUUAUCAGGGCUUUUGGGCAUGGUGGCCCACAUGAUGUACACCCAGGUGUUCCAGGUGACCGUCAGCCUCGGCCCGGAAGACUGGAGGCCGCACUCCUGGGACUACGGCUGGUCCUUUUGCCUGGCUUGGGGCUCCUUCACCUGCUGCAUGGCCGCCUCCGUCACCACCCUGAACUCCUACACCAAGACGGUCAUUGAGUUCCGGCACAAGCGCAAGGUCUUUGAGCUGGGCUUCCAGGAGGACCCCGCCUACGCCGACCAGCAGCCCCUCAAGUCCUUCCACGGCAGGACUGCACAAUACCCAGCUGUGACGUCUCCGAGAAAGGCGAGUGGCCAAAAUGAGCAGAAGAGAUUCUCGCUGGCCAUGUCCAGCUCUUCCCCCGACACACCAAACUCAUCUUCGCUUUCCUCGGAGACCCCCAGUCACUUCUCUUCCCCUGAAGGCAGGUGGGGGGCUGCCGCAGCGGCUUCUCAAGGGGCUGUUGGCCGCAGGCUGUUGCUGGAGCACCUGAAUCCAUCUACCCAGGCGACGGAGGCAGCAGGGCCUGGAUCCAUGGCCCCUCACCCACUGCUAAGGCCAGCACCUCAGCCAGUCGCCCCAAGACCAAACCUGGUGUCCAGAGCCACGCUGCCACGUCACCACAGCCCUCCCACAAGCCCAGAGCGCCUGGUUGCUGCAUCAGGCAACCCGCUGGCAAGCAAACCGUGUGCCCAGCUCAAAUGCCCUGGAAGCCCCACCCGAGCGGACGGAUCUGCAAAGCUGUCAAGGAAGGAUUUGGGCCCGGCUCAAGAAGAGGAAGGCCUGAAGAGGGACUUUGUGACCCGGCAGGAGUUCCUGGUGGUAGAGCGAGAGCUGGAGGAAGUCCGGGAGGAGCUGAAGUGCCUGAAAUGGAAGGUGAGGCACCUCGGAGAGACGGUCCAGCCCCUUGCUGAGGAGAGCAAGCGCUACAAUGGCUACACCCUGAUGGAGCUGAAGGCCAUGGUGCAGUCCGAGGAGGACCCCUACAAAGCCGCCCAGAAGAUCCUCAUGGCACUCUUCAGCGAUGUCUACCUGCUGCAGCACCCCAUGCCUGACCAGGCCUGCAACUCCAAGAGCCUGCCCAAGCCCAGAAUUGAUCCGGAGCUGUACACCGUGUACUGCGACAUCCUGCAGAGCAUCUUCCCUGGCAUUGGCAGCCAAGCCCCGAGGGAGAGGGACCUGCAGCAGGUGUAGAAGGGGGUGGGGCAG